UGCUGCUGUCAACUAGAACAGCUCUUCUGCCUUCCCUCAAACUGGUGUAUUUUUUGUUGCACAGGAGUUAGUUUUUCCCCCUUUUUAAAUAUAAAAGAUCUGGGUUCAAUCAAUGUAUUUCACCCUGGCUUCCAGUGAUGAGGUGGCUUCUGCCCUGGAUUCUAGCAACACUUGGCAUCUUGCAGGCUUUUCCCCAGAAUUCUGCCACCAACGUUACUACCACCAUGUCCCCCUCUUCAAUCUCUUCUGUGACGGAAGCCUACACGCGAACACAGUACUGUAAGUGGCCAUGUGAGUGCCCAAAGACAGACCCUCUGUGCCCAGCUGGAAUCAGCCUGCUCACCGACGGUUGUGAAUGCUGUAAAAUGUGUGCCAAGCAAAUCAGGGAGAACUGCACUGAAGCUGACAUCUGUGAUGUCCACAGGGGGCUGUACUGUGACUACAGCAGGGACAGACCUAGGUACGAAAUAGGAGUGUGUGCACAAAUUGUCGGUGUGGGCUGUGUCCUCAAUGGCAUCAGGUACAAGAAUGGUGAAUCGUUCCAGCCCAAUUGCAAAUACAACUGCACUUGCAUCAAUGGUGCAGUGGGCUGCAUCCCACUAUGUACGGACUUCAAGCCACCCCUUGUCUGGUGUCCCCAUCCUCGGCAGAUUAAGAUGACAGGCCAGUGCUGUGAACAGUGGGUCUGCGACGACACAAAGAAAAUCAGGAAGACCUCUCCACGGCACAUCUCUUCUGCAGUUUAUGAAGGAGAAAUCGAGUCAUGGCAGAAAAACUGCAUCCUUCACACCUCUUCCUGGAGUCCCUGUUCAAAGACUUGUGGGCUGGGAAUCUCCACAAGGAUCUCUAAUGAUAAUGACCAGUGUCGCAUGAUGAAAGAGAGUCGGCUCUGUAACCUGAGGCCAUGUGAGGAGGAUAUAAUCAAACACAUUAAGCCUGGGAAGAAGUGCUUAGCGGUGUACAGGAGGGAUGAGCCAAUGAACUAUACACUCUCUGGCUGCACCAGUGAGACCAUCUACAGGCCCAAGUACUGUGGCGUCUGCACAGACAAUCGCUGUUGCACUCCAUACAAAUCCAAGACAAUUGAAGUGAACUUUCAAUGUCCAGAUGGGACUAGAUUCACCAGGAAAAUCAUGUGGAUCAAUGCGUGCUUUUGCAACCUUAGCUGCAAAAAUCCCAACGACAUCUUUGCUGAUUUGGCUCAUUAUCAUGAUUAUUCAGAAAUUGCAAAUUGAGAUGGCUGAAUGCUGAAAAGCAUGGAAAGGAAUGGGAGAAAUGGAUUAACCUCCCAGAUCUUACAUAUUAUUACUCUGAUUUUACAGAGGUUUUUUUUUUUUAAAGAGAAGGAUAAUCUUUUCAUUCAUCCCCUCCAGUGAGAAAGUAGCUAUUUGGAGUUUGUUGAUUUAACUUUGAAAAGCUGACUGUGAAGCAAAUCCAUGUGCUCUAAGCUGCUUUCAGUUCAACUCACUACUUUUAGAUUUUUUCCCCAAAAGCUGGAUUUUCUACAGUUCUCAAAUAUUUUCUAUUUCACAAAAAUACACACAUAUAUGCAAGAACAGAUUAGCCCAGGGGCAGCUGGUGGCUUACAGGUCAGUCAGUGGAACCUGCUCCAUGUUUUACUACACAUUUUAAUGUGCUAUCCAAAUAAA